AUGAACAGCAGUGGACCAGCAUACCCUUUAGCCUCUCUGUAUGUGGGUGACCUUCAUCCUGACGUCACUGAGGCCAUGCUCUACCAGAAGUUUUCUCCUGCUGGUCAGAUCAUGUCCAUUCGUGUGUGCCGUGAUGUUAUUACACGCAGGUCCCUUGGAUAUGCUUACAUUAACUUCCAGCAGCCUGCUGAUGCGGAGUGUGCCCUAGACACAAUGAACUAUGAAGUCAUUAAGGGUCGUCCAAUCAGGAUCAUGUGGUCCCAGCGAGAUCCAGGUCUGAGAAAGUCUGGUGUGGGCAACAUCUUCAUCAAGAAUAUGGAUGACUCUAUUGACAACAAGGCUCUCUACGACACCUUUUCUGCUUUUGGUAACAUCUUGUCAUGUAAGGUCGUUUGUGAUGAGAAUGGUUCAAAGGGCUAUGGGUUUGUGCACUUUGAGACACAGGAAGCUGCCAACAGAGCCAUUGACACCAUGAACGGCAUGCUUCUGAAUGAUCGCAAAGUUUUUGUAGGACAUUUUAAGUCUCGCAGGGAGCGUGAGGCAGAGAUGGGGGCUAAAGCCAUGGAGUUCACCAAUGUGUACAUUAAGAACUUCAGUGAAGAUAUUGACACUGAGAAACUGAAGAGCAUCUUCUCUGAAUUUGGGAAGACCUUAAGCGUCUGUGUGAUGACAGAUGAAAGGGGAUGCUCUCGUGGCUUUGGCUUUGUCAACUUUGAAAACCAUGGAGAUGCCAGGAGGGCAGUCACUGAAAUGAACGGCAAGGAGUUGAAUGGCAGAGUCCUGUAUGUGGGUAGAGCUCAGAAGAGACUGGAGAGACAGGGAGAACUCAAGCGCAAGUUUGAGCAAAUAAAGCAAGAGCGCAUACAACGGUACCAGGGGGUUAAUCUCUAUGUGAAGAACCUAGAUGACAGCAUUGAUGAUGAGAAGCUGAGGAAAGAGUUUGCACCCUACGGAACCAUCACCAGUGCUAAGGUGAUGACAGACGGAGGCCACAGUCGGGGCUUUGGCUUUGUGUGUUUUUCCUCUCCUGAAGAGGCUACAAAGGCGGUGACUGAGAUGAAUGGUCGUAUCAUUAGCACUAAACCACUUUAUGUGGCUCUUGCCCAAAGAAAAGAGGAGCGAAAGGCAAUACUAACCAACCAGUACAUGCAGAGACUGGCCAGCAUUCGAGCAAUCCCCAGCCCUGCAAUACCUACCACUUACCAGCAGAGCUCUGGUUACUAUAUGACCUCUGUGCCACAGAUUCGCUCUUUUUAUAACACUGUACCAAACCUGCGGCCUGCACCACGCUGGACGGCUCAAGCUCCUAGAACACAAGUUCCAUAUACAUCUCAGUUUGUGAGACCAGCAGCGCCACGCAGGCCCUCCACCAUCAUCAGCACUGUCCGCCAGGCCUCCACUCAGGUUCCUCACAUUGUUAACAACACCCAACGAAUGGCCAACAUUGGAACACAGACAGCAGGUGGGAGAACUCAAGGAGGUGCUGUACUCAGAGGAGUUAGUCAAUACAAAUACUCGGCAGGAGUCCGAAAUGUGCAGCAUGUCAUCAAUGUGUCACCUCCUGCUGUUCAUCAGGUGCCGCAGCAGAAUACAGAGCUAGCAGUUCAUGUGAGGGGUCAGGAGCCCCUUACUGCCUCAAUGCUGGCAGCGGCACCCUUAAAAGAGCAGAAACAACUACUGGGUGAGCGCCUGUACCCUCUUAUCCAAGCCUUGCAUCCUACUCUUGCGGGAAAGAUUACAGGCAUGCUGCUUGAGAUUGACAACUCUGAGCUACUGCACAUGUUUGAGUCUCCAGAGUCCCUGCACUCGAAGGUUGAAGAGGCCGUAGCAGUGCUACAGGCUCAUCAAGUCAAGGAAUUGACUACUAAGAAAUGAGAGCGCUCUCUUAAGGCAUGCACACUGCAAGUUUCAUGAAGGUUUUGAAGAAUGGGGGGAAAGAAAAAUGUUUGAAAACAGCACUUUGGAGUCAUGUUAUUUAAUGCAUAGUUUUGACACUGCAAAUGCCCUUUUGCUCUCCAC